AUGUCGAUUAUCGGCGGCGUUUUGGCAUGUCUCACAUGCGGCGGUUGCUUCCUUUGCAGAAAGCGCAGUGUGCGAGAAGCUUCCAUGCGUCAGCCACUCGCAGCCAGCGCGGCGCUGUCUUCCGCUGCGUCUGGCAUGUCACUGCCUACCGUUGCACCGCCUGUUGCGCCUGUGGCCGACCCCGGCAGGCAGUCUUCCCAGUCUUCCCCGCCGAGCGGAUCAUGGCGAGGCUACUACACCUAUGACCGAGUGAAUCACGACGUUUGCGAGUUCCAGCUUCGGUUCGAGAAUACAACUGUCCAAGGCGAAGGUGUAGACGAUGUAGGCUGCUACACGAUUCGUGGCACCUACAAAAGUGCGCAGAAGUCCGUCACUUUCGCCAAGAAGUAUCGCUUGGGCAGCCGAAACCACUUGGGCCUUCUCAAUGAAGACAACGAGGGCCAUGUUGUGACCUACCAGGGAAGGCUGGUUGGUGACACGCUUGGCGCUGGCUUCCGGGGCACUUGGCAGAUCAGAAACAGUGGAACAAAUAGCAAUGGGAACUUCCACCUCUGGCCGGCCAUGGAGAGCUGGGCCUCCGCUCCGCCGCUGGAGGCGCUCGCGCCCAGCCAGCAGCUCUUCCAGGUGGCCGAGGAUGGCGAGUGCGUGAUUUGCUUCGAAAGAGCGAUUUCUACGUGCUUGCGGCCUUGUGGACACAUCGCGAUGUGUUCUCAGUGUGUCAAUCGACUGCCGCUUCCACGGACUUGCCCAAUUUGCCGCUCCCGGAUUGAGUCUGUUCUGACACGGUCUGGAGAGCAGGGCCCCAGUGCGUCACAAGCCUUGCGAGCGGCAUAG